AUGGCUGAACAGAAACUCAAGGAAGAGCAGGUGGCCCGGCUCAGAGGAUCCGUCCCAAUCAACGGUGCCGGCGCUAUGUCGGGAGAUCCACCGAGCGAGCCAAACAUCACCAUCAUGUGUGCCGAUGCCACUUGGUCCAACUGCAUCCCGAGUUGCCGGUCUGGCUUUGAGGUUCACAUGCUGAUUUAUGCUCUGUCGGGACUGGUCUUGGGAGAGGCGAGAAAGAGAUAUUGGAUGGGAAGACUGGCGCGAGGUUGUCCGGAGGCUGACGGUCCACGGCCGGAGGACGAGAGAGAGAAGGAGGAGAAGAAGAAGAGAGCUAAGGGCGUGGGCGGAUGA